AUGGAGUUUGCUAAUGGGUUCGAAGAGAUCGAGGUGAGGACGCGUCCGACAACGCAGAGCCCAAGCAAGGACCACCAUGAGGGAGUCGGCACGCCGUCCACCUUGGGCGGUGCUACCGCGGCAGCCUGGAUGAUUCACCAGUCGUCGGCCACCCAGCCUACCGCUUUGACUACUGGAGUCGUCGAUCUCACCGAAUCACCACCCUCGACUACCCUCCUUGAUGGCUCGUGGGCUUGGUCCGACAUGGCAGCGUCUGCUCCCGGAGCAGCGCCAUCGUCAGCAGCGCCAUUCCGAGCCCGAAAUGCUAUGACGACCGCGACGAGCACUCUCGUCAGUGGCGUAUCAAGCAUGUCAUCCGGACCAUUGGCGGGAGGUCGUUUCGGUGGCGAUACCAGGUACAGCAAACCAACGCCACCACCCUUGACCGUGUCCAGCGAGCCUCUACAGCCGCCGGGAUCUAGCUCCAACUCGGACCCGAAUCCUAGCGCGAUCCCGAACCCGUCAGCAUCGCAUUCGGCGAUGGACUCGGAGUCGGACUCGGCUCGGACCGCUGCAGUCACGUUCGGCGCUUCCUCGACUGCAUUCGCAACCACACCCGCCUCACCCUUUGUAUCCACUCCGUCAAUUUCGAGUGCUGCGAACCCCGCCCCUGGCUUUGGCUCGUUCGCGAAUCCGCAUCCGACGCGCUCGUUGACGCUGCCCUCGUCAUUCUCCCCCACCGUCAGCUCCACGAGCCAGGCCUCGCCCAUGCUCGCUUCCUUCGCCCAGGUUAGAUCCCAGUCCCCCGCGGCGGACAACAGUGGCGCAUUCAAUUCGGCAGCACUCGCAUCCACCUCGACGAAACCGAUUGUAUUCGCCUCUCAGCUGCUACCGGGACAUGCCACGUCCGCGUUCCGCAGUCCGGCCCUCGCGAAGGCCACCUCGACCCAACCAACCCCUGUCGCCGGCCCGUCCGGGUCAAGAUCGCUUCCAGGCUCGAUCCCGAAACGACAGGGGAGUACGGAAAAGAAUGGCUUAGGUUCCAAUUCAAGACAGAGUUCGUCCGACCCUUUGCAGGCCUACUAUCGCAUGCAAUCCGCCUCGGUCGCUGCAGCUCGCAAGUCGGCGAGCGACAACAGGCCGACACCGACUGGCCGAAGUGGCACCUACCCGGGCUCGAGCCGACCUUUCGUACCCUUGACUGCACCACACCCGAGCUCAUCUCUGAAUCCGAACGCGGGGGCAGGCAUCGACCAUCCUCAGCAAUCUCGCAACGGGAAAGCCGUCGCAAACUCGGCGGUGGCUUCGACGUCGACUUCGGGCUCGAAUACCAUGAUCGAUCUCACCGAGGACGACAUUCCCAGUGAUCCCGACGAGAUGCUUAUCGAUGAUCACCCCAUCUGCAUCGGACAAAUCACCAGCCUCGCCCUGAUCCUCUACCCCAUCCCCGAACUGCAACCACCCGCCGCGGCGGUCGAUGACAAAGGUCGGCCCGUACCCGCGGCCCAGCAGCUCCCUUUCGCCCAACAACCUCCCCCACCUCUGGCCGUCUACAUCUACCGUGGGGACGCGCAACAAGGGCACGAGACCCUUCGACUGGUUUCGUCGAGGCGGAAAGAAACUUUUGGUGUGGUCGAGCAUAGGGUCGCUGACGUCAUUGGGCCGCUGCUCGGGAAUGGGUGGUCGGGCGCGGGCAUCGCGCCCGAGUCGCGAGGCAAGAUCUGGUGUGAGGCCCAUGUGAUGCGAAAAGCCGAACGGAGUGUGAGUAGCCUUCACUUCCAUCAAGCCACUAUGAUCCAACAAAUCUUUCAAUGCUGAUUCCCGAUCGAUGACUGCAGCCAACUCUGCUCCCCUUGGUACUGCUGCUCUUCGCCCGACCUUUAGAUGUGCCAGCGAUCUCAUCCACACUCGAGCGCAACAUGAUCUACCUCGAACAUCCCUCGGCCUACAAUCCCGCCCUUCACAGUGGAGCCCGAUAUUCGAAUCCCCACAACCCAGCAGCAGGACGAGCGUCUGAACGCCGAAGACACGAUUUCCAAGCCGGGAUCUAUGGUCUGUCGGGACUGGGCGCGACACGAGUUGUGAGCCAAAAGGAUGAAGCGCGGAGUCAGGUCGACGAGGUGUUCAAAAGUUUGAAGAGUGUGAUGGAGCUCGACGAGGUAGAACCUCGUAAGUUUGGCUGUACAGGUGACCCAAGUCUUCGGACUGUGGCUGACGUGCCUGAUCAUGAUCUUCACACAGCACCGAUGGUCACAACAAAGCUGUAUCCGCAUCAAAAACAAGCUCUGUCCUUCUUGCUCGAUCGCGAACGCAUUCAUGAGGUUCCUGAAAAGGACGAGCGAGGCAAACCCACGAUCCUCUCGCUUUGGUCGAGGGAGAGUAAUCCUUACGGUCAACCCGUUGGUUGGAAAAGCGUGGUCGCUGAUCUCAGCAUCUCAGGACCCGAACCGCCUCCGCAAACUCGAGGAGCGAUUCUGGCCGACGAUAUGGGCUUGGGGAAAACGAUUGCAAUCAUCGCUUUGGUCGCCACGACGCUCGAUGAUGCUCGAAAGUGGUACACGGCUCCCGUUGAUCGUGAGAACCGAGACGCUCGUGUCGAUUCCUUGGUCACCAAAGCGGCUGCUCCUCCGAAACUUGGGAUUGGGGAUUUCUCGGGCCGUGCGUACGGCUUCGUCGAGUACGGGACUCCGAACGCUUCGGCUUCGACCGGACGACCACUGAGCAAGAAGAAGCAAGCGGCUGCGAAGCGCGAGCAGAAGAGGGAGGACGCUAUCGCGGCUCGGCAUAAUCGUCUCGUCACGCGGAGUCGUGCGACUCUGAUCGUCUGUCCCCUCUCGACGGUCCAGAACUGGGAGAGUCAGUUCGAGGAGCACACCGGAUACGCUGAUGGACGAGUUUAUACCGUCACGUCGGGUUUGCCCAAGCUCGAAUCGGACGAAGAGGAUGGGGACAGUGGCGGGGGUACUGAUGGAUCCGAAGAGUACAAGCCUCGACCCAAGUCAGAGAGGAAUGGCAAGAAAGCAGCUCCUGCACAGGCAGCGGCAGGGGCAGCGGAGGAACGAGCGAUCAAAGUCUACGUCUAUCAUGGGAACCACAGGAUACAGGAUCCUAUUCGAUUGGCAGAUUAUGAUGUCGUUGUUACGACCUUUUCGACGCUCGGGACGGAGUACUCAAGGCAGUCGAGAGCGGAGGAUGAACGAGAAGCGGAAGCCUCAAGAGAGGGGAGCUCGGACGACAUGCUGGAGGUUUUCGUGUUGGGUCCGAACGGCGAACACGUCGAGACCAGGGCCGGUGAUCCGAUCGUCAAAGCGGGCAAGCCCACAAAACCCAAGCGCAAGAGACGGAAGCCGGAAGGUGAUGGCGCGUCACCACUGCAGCAGAUCGAAUGGUACCGGGUUGUGCUUGAUGAAGCGCACAUUAUCAAGGAGCAUACGACGAUUCAAGCUCGAGCAGCAUGUGAACUUGCCACGCCUCGACGGAUAGCUUUGUCGGGAACUCCCUUGCAGAAUUCGCUCAACGACUUGUUCUCCCUCGUGCGCUUUCUUCGCCUUGAACCCUUUACCGACCGAUCGGUAUGGAAUCAACACAUCGGCUCUCUUGCUAAGGUCGGUGAUCCCCUCGGUGUCGACCGCCUCCAACUCAUCAUGCGCCAUCUCGCUCUUCGGCGCACUAAAGAAUCUACCGACAAGGACGGUAAACCAAUCCUGUCCCUUCCGCCCAACAAAUCCGAUUUGGUCGAGCUCCAAUUUUCGCCCGUGGAGCAUGCGUUCUAUCAGGUCCAUCAUCAGCGGUAUAAGCACGAUUUCGCCAAAUUGGAAGAAACCGAUUCGGUAAUGAAGAAUUACUGCUCGAUCCUUCAAGAGCUGCUGAGGCUUCGACAGAUCUGCGUACACCCUGCUCUCGUGCGGGACUCGGAGGAUGCCAAGAUUGGGGGAACGGACGUGGUCGAGUCGAUCAAGCAAUACGGCAUUUCGAGACAACGUGCGAUUCCGCUGCUCCUCCUUAUGCGGGACGCCGGUGGAGGACAAUGCUCCGAAUGCGGAACAGAGAUGCUUCCCGUUGCUGGUUCGAAUGACGAACGUGCCGAUGAGGUUGAGGAUGAAUCAAGGAUGGAAAAGAAAGCCCCCGCGAAGAAGAGUCGCAAGACUGCCAAAGCCAGCACUGCAUCAGCCGCCGCCUCCGAUGCCGAAGAUAAUGGUGGUGGACCCGCCUUACCGAACGAGCUACGUUCCGUCGUUACUCGUUGCCAACACUUGUUCUGUCGCCUGUGCUUCAUCAACCACAUCUACAACGAUUGGACUUCGCCGAAAGCAGGAGAUACGGCACCGUGCAGCGUCUGCAAAGAGGUGCUCAAACCCGUCUUGGACGCAGUUGAAAUUGGUGCGACGGAGUUCUUGCGCGCGACGGAGAAGGCUGAUAAGGGGGAUGUCAAGCCGACCAAGGGAGGCAAGAAGAGCGCCGCUGACCGAGUGUUUGAACAUUCAACAAAGACUUUGUGAGUACCUUCGGUCCUUCAGGUGCGAGUUGGAGCUGCAUCUGACGGCCCCGCCGUUGUGCAGUGCUCUGGUCAACGACCUCCGUCCCUUCUCACAAGCCAACCCCGCCUCCGUCAACUUUCGCGGUGAUCUCUACACAAGCGAUGAACCCCGCGAAGGAGAAAGCCGCACCAUCGGUUUCCAACCUCACAAAGGCGAAGUCGUCAAAUCUGUUGUCUUCUCCCAAUGGACGAGCUACCUCGAUCGUCUCGGGGAUGCUCUUAGUUCCGAACGUAUCAAGUACGGUCGUUUGGACGGGAGUAUGGAUCGCGAUGCGAGGUCGAGGGCGAUGAUGGCCUUCAAGACGGAUCCGGCGUGCGAGGUGCUACUGGUCUCGUUGCGCGCUGGCGGUGUUGGGUAGGUGCUCAUUCUGUUCAUCCACUAUGAGGAAGUUGUUGAUGAUGACUGACACGCCCGACUUUUCUGGCACAGACUCAAUCUAACCGCCGGUCGACGGGUGUACCUUAUGGAACCGUUUUGGAACCCAGCCGUCGAAGUGAGCGGUCAUUCCAUGUAUUUGACAUCUGAAGCACUGCUGACAAAGUUGUCUUUCCUCCCUCUUGACAGAACCAAGCCGUCGACCGCAUCCAUCGUCUCGGACAAACGAUGCCCGUCCAAACCGUCCGUUUCGUAAUCAAAACGACGAUCGAGGAGAACAUGCGCAAAAUUCAAAAGCGAAAAUUGGACUUGGCCAACAUGAGUGUCAAAAAGACAUUGAGCAAGGCCGAGCUUUUGCAGCAGCGCAAGGAGGAGCUGGCGAUCUUGAUGAGCUAG